AUACUGGACCGCACCGGAACGCUUGAACUUUAGCAGCAGCUGGAAGUGAGACAACACAGCUGACCGGAGCAAACUAAAUCCGUGCCUGUUCAAGUUGAACACCAGCACAAUGAAGCUUCUUCAAUGUUUGCUAGCAGUGCUUUUGAUAUUAUUUGGAUGUGCGACUGCGACUCCCACAGUCAAAUCGGUGCCGGCAAGAGCGCCCGAGGCCUAUGCGACGCUGGUGUAUGGUGAGGACUUUGUGCUUGGAGCUCGGGUGCUGGGACAGUCGCUGCGUGAAGCCAGGACGACGAGCUGCUACUGCUGGGGCUACUGCGGGACUGUGUGGCACGGUGUCACUGGUCCUACUGACGUCCCCAGCAUGCAUGGCAACUACGCAGGCGCGCCGCGUUGUAAUGUGGGUCGCCAUGCGUCGCUUUGCGCAGCGCGCAUGGAUGCGUGCUGUGCGGCGUUAACCCAAAUGCAUGAUUCUCCACGAACGCGUUGGAACCCAACCCUACGCGGCUUUCCCGACUUCCGGUUUCGACCAGCUAUUGCACAGACUGUCUGUUACUGUUAGCUAGCCGAGCUGCCGUGGCACUUGGUAGCUGGUAGUUGUUACUGCCAUAUCGCUUCGGUACCUGCAAGUCUAGAAGUAAGCCCUCCCUAGCUGCUAUACAUCGCAUGAGUGGAGCAGGUAAAUGUGGCGUGUUAGGGUGGGUCGGGCUGGGCCAUACCGGUAGUGCGUCAGCGUGUCGGUGCGCCCAAUCAUACCCUCC